UGGGCCAGGUCGACGCAGCAGCACCAAAUAACACUAGUACAUUAGCAUUGCCAAAAAAAAAAAAAAAACCUGUUUAGUAUGAAUGUACUUAUUUCACAUUAAAGCUGAAGUGCUCUUGUUGUAUUUGUCCGAUACAGACGGGUCUGUUGGAAACCGUUAACAUUUGGAACAGGGCAAACUGACGGAACGCGCGGUCGACGUUAGCCCGUAGCGGUUGCCAUGCCAAUCCGUGAUCAUUUUCUGGGAAAAGCUAGUUAACGUUAGCUUUCUACAACCUACUCAUUGCAGUAGUUGUGAGACUUAACUUCAGCUAACUAGCAGUUACAAAAAAAAAAAAAAGACUGACUACUAGCAGAGUAUUUAAAGGGCAUUAUAUAACCCACAGCCAGAAACAUCACCCCCGAGACAAACCAAAACAUGUCCAACAUGGCAGGGCCAAGCUGUCAAUCACUGACAUCUAACGGUGAAGAAGAGAAUAUCACUGGUGUCUUUAAAGACAGUGUCCUGCUGCCAUGCAACUGCUCAGGGAGAACUUUGGACGAGUUUAAGUGGCAGAAGGACGAUCCAGAUGCGAAGGUUGUGCUUAAAUCUUCAAACUUAUCUGACGAGGACAAGGCCCAAAUAUUUCUGUCUGAGAACGGCAAUAAUUGCUCUCUUCUCCUCACCAACAUCACCACGGCUGACCAGGGGAAAUACAGAUGUGUCUUUUACACAGGCAAAGGGCUAUACAAUAAAAUAUUUGUAAAUCUAAGCGUCGUAGCGACCUACACGGUCUGUCAAACGGAAGAUUUCCAGUGUCAUGUAUCGGGAAAGUACCCAAAGGCUGAGAUUCAAUGGAAACUGGACGGACAGCUUCUCACAAAUUCAUCCACAAUCCACAUAAGCACCACAGACACCUGGGAGCCUUCUACUGGCCUCUACCAUUUCACCAGCAAACUCGAUACUAAACUCAACAGGACCUUAAAACCUAAAUGUGAGGUCAAGGCCAAAGACAUACCGACUCGCUUGAGUUAUGACUGCCCAAUGAGUGAAGUCAUUAAAGGAGAUCAUCACCCGAAACCGAGAAAUCGGUACUUAAAAUUUUUUCCUAUCUUGUUGGUGCUUGGAUUUUCCCUCGUCAUGUGGCACCGUUCUCACAGAUUUCACCAACGAUAAGGAAAGUGGGGAUUGACAACUCUUAGUGCUACACAUACAAGACGAACUGUGAAUAUUUGAAAGCACUUUCCCCCAAAUGGUGGUUAUGACUGUGGCAUCAUGUCAACCGAGACUGAUAACAGGCAGGUUACAUCUUGUGUUUAUCCCACUGAAGAAAUUGCUUGUUCUGGUGUUUGUUUUUUCUUUCAAAUUCAAGCAAAAAGAGAUUACCCAAUAUGAGAGUUGAUGUAAUCAGUAAGAAACACAGCACAUAAAAACAUCCAGCAAUCUAUCAUGAUCAUUGCUGGAUGUUUUUAUGUUUAAUAAUCAAGUUCACUGUAUAUAUUUUUUGUGUUUAUAUAUAUAUUUUUAUAUACUACAACAUGAACUUCAUUAUACAACCCUGUGCUGUAAAAUGACCCUGUAUCCUUCCACCUUGUAUUAUGGAUUCUGUAACUGUUAAACGGGAUGUGAUCACUCUAAUCUAAUAUAAUAUAAUCCCAUGAGAAUAAGAUCUACUUUUUAAUUUCUUCAAGUUACUGAAUCAAUUUGAGCCAUUUAAUGAUUUAAUGUACCUUGGUAUAAUUGUAUAUAUGAUAUACAUAUAUAUAUAUACUGUAACUGUUAAAUGUGAAAUAUACUACAGAGAUAUUUACUCUUUUUAUGACACUUUGAAACAGCUGUGAAAAAUAUGAAUUCUGGGUUGAUAUUAAACAAUUUUAUAACCCGUUAUUACUGACUAUUUUAUCAUUAAGGUGAUAUUUAUAUAGCACAAUACCGAUAUGCAUUGUUAAUUUGGAUGUAACUGAGAUAUUAAAGGUCCAGUGUGUAACAUUUAGGAGGAUCUGUUGGUAGAAAUUUAAUAUAAUAUUCACAGGUAUGUUUUCAUUAGUGUAUAAUCACCUGAAUAUAAGAAUCAAGUAAUCAGUAACUGCCUUUGUGGUAAACUGGUUACAUUGAAUGUUGUUGCUUUGUUUCACAUAAAUAAACAGGGUAAGGUCAUUGUAUGUAAUAUAUAGCACACCAAGUUUCAGAGGGAACCCUUUGAUUCAAGAGAUAUGACACCAAAAAGUAAUGCCUGUAUAUCAUCCUGAUCAAAUACAGGCUGUAUAUCAUCCUGAUCAAACAAAGUUUUUGGAUGUUGUUGAACCAGGGGAACUGGGAAACACACUGCUGGUCCAGAAGGCCAGCCCACCACUGGUCCCUGUAUGCUGUGUUCAGUAGCUGCCGGUAGCACACCAAAUCUGAGGCGAGCUGGAAGAAAAGAUAUUGCAAUCGUAUGUAACAGUGUGAAUAAGUGGACUGUUUCAAGGUCAAAAAAGGGUUCAAAUGAAACAAUGCAGUGGUAAUGGAAAUUAAAUGGAACACCCUUUAUCUCGCCCAAUUAAAGACCACGGGUCAUUUUGUACCAUUGUCUUUGUUGUUGUUUUGUAUAUUGUCAUCAUUGUUACCAUGUGCUUUCUUUCUGUGAAAUGUUUGAUGUGUGCUGAAUAAACGAUGUAAAAGCUUA